GCACAGUUUCCCCGCUGCUGUUUGUUCCCUUGUUGGCCAAAUGAUCAGAAAAGUGGGUCAUGAUGAGGGUUAAUGCCAAGUCCGAUAAUGUCAGUGAACACGUUUCUUUGAAGGCUACUUUUUUUUUUUUUUUUUUUUGCAACCCCACUCUCUUGCUUCCAACUCCAUGUUGUCAUUCUGUCAAGUGCAUUGGUUUGUUUGCACCGGUGGCCUCCAGAAAAAAAAAAAUAUAGCAACAAAUCACGGCGAGGAAAUGCUGGUUUGUUGUUGGGACGCUCGAUGCACAGUCAGAAGGUUAAUCACCGCCCACCAUCCAGGCCAACGUCGGUUGGUCUGUGUGUUUACCCUGCCGACCAACACUGGGAUUUGUGCUGAAUGUAGGCCAGCAGAAUCACGCUUACGUCAAAGGCAGGCAGGCAGGCAGAUGCAGGGAGAGAGCAGCUGGUGGUUGUGCAGCUGUGGCCAAGGAGGAGUCUGUGGCGCACAUCGGUUUGCCAGAGCACCGCUGGCGGUGAUCAGGGCAAGACACCGAUAGGAAGAGGAGGAGAGUGCCAGAAAUGAAGACCGUCCUCAGCCUGCACAGGAAAUGGGCCCACGCGGUCAAAACCAUACGUAUCCUGCAGGGACUCAACCCGGUUAUGGAGGAGACGGUCUGGGAGCAGUACACAGUGACCCUGCAGAGGGAUCCAAAGAUGGGUUUUGGCAUCGCUGUAUCAGGAGGGCGAGACAACCCAAAUGAGGAUAGUGGCGAGACAUCCAUUGUGGUGUCCGACGUCCUUCAGGGAGGACCGGCCGAAGGCUUGUUGUUUGAGAAUGACAGAGUGGUGCAGGUGAACGCCACACCCAUGGAGGGGGUCAUUCAUUCCUUCGCCGUUCAAACCCUCAGAAAGUGUGGAAAAGUUGCCAAAAUCACCGUCAAGAGACCGAGAAAGGUUCCUGUAAAUCUGCUGAAUCGUCCUGGAUCACCCGAUGACAGAGUUUUCAACAGUGACUACACCGAAGACUACAACUACGACCAGGACCGUGGCAGUGUGUACAAUAACAGGCAGGACCACAGCCUGGAGAGGGAUCAAGGUGGCUACGUGGAUUCUGGCUACCAAACCCGUGAGCGUGACUAUGACAGGAACUAUGACCGACGAGAACGGGGCAGGAGUGCGGAGAGAGACCGGAGCCCCGACCAGCAAUACAGAAGGGACGGUAGCAGGGGUCGCACCUUAGACAGAGAACGUAGCCCCGAUCGUCAUCACAGGAGCGAUCAUGCGCUCAACCGCGACCACAGCCCGGACAGAAGGUACCGCAGCGAGCGCACGUUGGACCGAGACCACAGUCCCGAUCGGCGCUACCGCAGCGAUCGAGCCCUCGACCGGGACUAUAGCCCCGACCGACGCUAUCGUAGUGACCGCGCGCUAAACCGCGGAAACAGCCCCGACCAGCGCUACCGGCGGGACAGUCAGAGCCCGGGACGUAACCACGGACGCCACCGCAGCUUUGAGCGAGGGCGGGAACGAAUUCCCAGCGACUCGAGGAAAUAUGAUGAGCCUCCGAAGAGAGGCGCUAGCAGGGACCGGCUGGAGCGUUCACCGUCGCCUGCGGCCAUGCCCAUCCCGAUGCCACGUCCCGCUCGAGAAUUUGAGCCACUCGAGAAACCUCUAAAUGUCCUGCUGCUGAAGAAUCGGCCUAACGAAGAGUAUGGCCUUCGUCUGGGAAGUCAGCUCUUCAUUAAAGAGAUGACCAGCACGGGACUUGCCAGCAGAGAUGGAAACCUACAAGAAGGAGACAUCAUUCUCAAGAUCAAUGGAACGGCGACCGAAAACCUGUCCCUCAGCGACGCGGGGAAGCUGAUCGAGAAGUCUCGCGGGAAGCUGCAGCUGGUGGUCCAGAGAGACCGGCAGCAAGUGCUGAUCCGAGUCCCCCCGAUGGUCGACAGCGACUCGGAGCUUGAUGAUAUUUCUGAGAUUGAGUCAUAUCGCUCCUACUCGCCACAAGAUGAAAGACGAGGCCACCAUUCGGAUCUGUCCUCCCACUCCUCCACUGAGCGGCUGCGAGAGAAGCCAAGAGAGGAGCCGCCUAAUAGGCUGGUUAAAAUGGGUGCGAUGCCAACCCCGUUCAAAGGUCUUGAGCGAGCUGUGGAAGACACACCCCCAGUGCCUCCUGAGAGGGAGGAGUCGCGGGCACAAACGCCACCAACAAUCGCAGUUGGCCCGAAGCUUCACGCUCCUCCUAAAGUGCCGCUCAAGCCAAGUGUUGAGGACCAGGAAGUAUACGGGCCAAACACGCUCAUGGUCCGCUUUCAGAAAGGUGACAGCGUUGGUAUGAGGCUUGCAGGAGGGAAUGAUGUGGGCAUCUUCAUUGCGGGGGUUCAGGAAGAUAGUGCAGCUGAACAGGAAGGUCUUCGCACUGGGGAUCAGCUUGUGAAGGUGAACAACGUGGACUUUCGGGGUAUGGUCCGUGAGGAUGCUGUCCUUUACCUCCUGGAGAUUCCCAAAGGAGAUGAUGUGACCAUUCUUGCACAGAGCAAACCAGAAGUGUACAAAGACAUUUUAUCAUCCGGCAGAGGCGACUCGUUCUUCAUUAGAACCCACUUUGAGUAUGAGAAAGAGGCUCCUCAGAGCCUUCCUUUCACCCGAGGGGAAAUUUUCAAAGUGACCGACACACUCUACGACGGCAAGCUGGGCAACUGGCUGGCAAUCCGUACAAACAAGGAAAACCAGUUGCUGGAGAAGGGCAUCAUUCCCAAUAAAAGCAGAGCCGAGCAAAUGUCCAACGUCCAGAAUGCCGCGCGAGCCGCAUCGGGUAACGACAGAGGAGACUUCUGGAGGCUUCGAGGACAAAGAGCGGCGAAGAAAAAAGAUAUUCGCAAGAGUCGAGAGGAUCUGAGUGCGGUGCCGGUGGCUACCAGAUUCCCGGCCUAUGAGAGAGUCGUCCUGCGUGAAGCUGGCUUCAAGAGACCGGUGGUUCUAUUUGGGCCCAUCUCUGAUGCUGUGAAUGAAAAACUGGCCAAUGACAUGCCUAACGACUUUGUCAUUGCUAAAACGGAGCCAAAGGACGCGGGAAGCGAGAAAUCGUCCGGAGUUGUGAGACUGAACACUAUUCGGCAAAUUAUCGAGCAGAACGCCCACGCGCUGCUGGAUGUGACUCCCAAAGCUGUCGACACGUUGAAUUACACCCAGUGGUAUCCCAUCGUCAUUUUCCUCAAUCCAGACAGCAAGCAGGGAGUCAAGACCAUGAGGAACCGCCUCUUGCCCGGAUCCACCCGCAGUGCGCGCAAACUAUACGAGCAGGCCAUCAAGCUGAGGAAGACGUGCUCGCACCUUUUCACCGACACAAUCGACCUCAACUCGGCCAACGACGCGUGGUACGGAAGCGUGAAAGAUUCAAUUCGGGAGCAGCAAGACCGAGCUGUUUGGGUGUGCGAGGGCAAGUUGGAUGGUUCGGAGGCGGAUCUCGAUCUCCACGACGACCGAAUGUCCUACUUGUCGGCGAUGAGCGCAGACUACUUGAGCAUGGACAGCCGCCUGACCAGCGACUACGACGACACGGCCGAUGAGGGCGGGGCUUACACCGACAAUGAGCUGGACGAGCCCAUGGACGAGCCCCAGCCCGUGUCGGCCAUCGGUCGCUCGUCGGAACCCGUCCUGCCGGACGAGAAGCCCCACCCUGAACCCCGGAAUCGUAUGAGAAGUUCAGGCAGCAGAGAGAGACAAAAUAGAGAGCCCAGUCCCCCCCCUGCUUUUGUCCCCGAACCUCCAAAGGUGCGCGCUCCGACUCGGACCGACUCAUCGCACGGCUACGACUCGCACUCCAGCAGCACCGUCAGCAGCAGCGACGCGGUGGCUGCCAACAAGCCGGCGCCCCCUCCAGUGGCCCUGAAGCCCACCGUGGCCCGCCUCGGCCAGAUGUCGGACGAGCAGAGCUCGGAGAAGGAGGAGGACCCCGCGAACAAAUCCUUCCUGGGCAAGAUUAAAGCCUUUGAGAAGAUGGACCACCUGGCCCGAGCGCAGAGGCUCCUCGAACUGCAGGAGGCAGAAAGUGCUCGGUUGGAAAUUGCCCAGAAGCACCCGGACAUCUAUGCAAUCCCGGUCAAAUUGCCCAAACCCAAUCUCAACCGUCCUCAGCCAAUCGGUUCCAGCUCCAUUCCAGAGCCGCAGACGCCACCUCGGCAGCAGCAGCACUCUGAGAGCAGAGCCCACGAAGGCGACAACGCCGAGUACCGCCGGCAGCUGGCAGACCACGCCAAAAGGGGCUACUACAACCCCCAGAAAUACAAGGACACCGAGUUGUAGUCCCCAAAAAGGAGCCGCUGUCAUCAAGAUUCCAACACUGCUUUUGUCUUCCGGCCGAGGGAAGGCGCUGGAGCGACACGGCUUCACCGCCAAAACCUCUCGUCAUUUUGCGCUUCCUAGUGCAUGUCAAGCUCAGACACAUUUACAUUAGUGUGUGUUGACAAACCAGGUGACCCCAUGCACACCCCCCAACCCCCCACCUCUGUCCUUAGUUAUUCAUCACUAUUUUCUCUAUGUAUUUAGCGUUGCUCUCAUGCAAUUACUUCAAGUCAGAGUCCAGCGCCUGAUUUGGAAAAAAAUAAUUGGAACUGGUGACCUACACGCCACCGCUAGGACGAGAAAUUGUUUCUUUGUGUAGCUAGCCGAUGACCUUUCUCUAUUUGUGUGUAUUUUUUUUUUUUGUACACAUCUAUACAGUGUAUUAUAUGGCAAUCAAAAUGAAAGAGAAAUGAGGUCAUUUGAUUGUCGCAUGUUGUCAAAUCAGAGCUAUUGUUUGUCAAGUUUCUAUGUUCCCUUGAAUAGCAGCGCUCGUCCACAUAGUUCCGCACUAAGGUCAGUCGUGUGAUUUCUUGUGUUCGGCUCCCCACCUUGACAUUGGAGGACACUGCGUACUGGGGGAAAAUAGCACAUGCUCAAGUGCCUUGUCUUCGACGCAGGGUUGAAAAUCAAUACAUCGUACAAUGGACUGAGCAUCAGGAGCUCGUAAUGGUCGGCACUCAGAAAAUCGGAGUCGUUUGACAUCAUUUCCCUUUCUCACAUCUGCUUCGGUUCCCGUGGAAGCAUGUGUCCCUUUUGUCAACGAAAGAGUCCCAUAAAUAUGUAUAGCUUGUAGGUCACAAAGUGAAAAGCUGCAAAAGAUGACAAAAACACUGAAAUAUUUUUUUAACUUUAAUAAUAUUUUUCUUGGGGGGCAGGGGGGGGAGUUUGCUUUUUUUUUUUCUGGUGCCAGUGGAUUAAGUACUGUAUGCUGGAAUGUAGAUUUGACCAUCUUGAGUCAAAGUGACAUUUGGGUCUGAUUUCUGGGAACAACAUUUAUAUUCUGUCGUCAAGCUUCGGACAAAUGAUGUUGAUGUGAAGUUUAUUCUCUCAAGUCAAAUCAAUCGAUGGGAUGGGGUGAAGACAAUCAUGGUGGCUUGUUAGUUUCUUUUAAAUGUCUUUUUGUUUUUUUUUUAGUUUUGUUGUCAACACUGGGGGAUUUCAAAUAAAUAUUUUGUUUACGUUAAA